CGCUCAAUCUCAAUCGUCAUCUUGUCACAGUAUCGGUAUCCCGACAGAAUAUAUUUCAAGAAUAAUUGCAAGCUUUGUGUACGGAAGUUCCAAGUUCAGAAUGUUUGGAAGAAUUAAAUCAGGCUGCUUCGUGCUGGUACUAGCGAUACUUUUAAUCGUCGCCCUCGGGACCGAGGCACAAUUGAAUUUCUCCACCGGAUGGGGUAAAAGAGUCCCGAACCCUCAAACAGGAAACGGCGGUAGUGCCAUGUGCUCGUCUCAGGGUAAACCUUCGGUGAACCAGCUUCUUGCUAUAUAUAAUUUAUUACAGAACGAAGCUCAGAAGUUGUUGGAUUGCCAGAAGUUUACAAAGUGAAACUAAAUCUGAAAUGGAUGAGAAAUUCGCUAUAUCUAUAUGCUAAAUGAACAUAGAAUAUUAUUAUACAAACGAAUUAUUAUUUGAAUAAAGAUUCGAUAUAGAUAUCUAUAAAA